AUGGCAUCCCCGGUCAAAUUCAGGCCACUGAGUGCACGACGCGCUCAAGAAUACAUUGCUGUGGUAGCAAUUGAUUUUGGAACCACAUACAGUGGAUUCGCAUUCUCGUUCAUUAAAUCCGCGUACACAGACAGAGAUAUUUACAUGAAUAAAGAAUGGGGCCAUGACCACGGUCUCAGUACACUCAAAGCUCCGACUUGUAUCCUCCUUACACCGGAACGAGAAUUCGACUCUUUUGGGUACCAAGCACAGGAAAAAUAUGCAAGUCUUGAAGAUGCACAAGAUACCACGUUCCUGUUUUUUGACAGAUUUAAGAUGGAACUUCAUAGUGAGAAAAACGAGGAAGUUGGAGGAAGUUUGAAACUAAAAGCAAGAAAUGGACAAUUGAUGGAUGCUAUAGACAUAUUUGCUUUUGCUAUAAAUUUUUUGAAAGAAAAAGCACUCGACGUUAUCAAAGACAGAGCUGGAAUUGAAAUAACGUCUGCGGAUAUUAGAUGGGUCUUGACAGUACCAGCAAUAUGGAGACAUGUAUCAAAGCAGUUCAUGAGAGAAGCAGCAUAUAAGGCUGACCUAGUUCCUGAAAGCAAGGAAAAUCAGCUUAUUAUUGCCUUAGAACCAGAAGCGGCAUCUUUACAUUGCCGCCAACGCAAGAUGCGAGAGUUUGUUGAGGAGGAAAAGAAUGAGGCAUGUUGUGCAGAUGUUAUUGCAAAACCGAAAACAAGUUAUAUGGUUGUUGACUGCGGGGGUGGAACUGUUGAUGUUACUGUUCAUCGCAUCAAUGAUGAUGAUUCUGUGGAAGAAAUACACAAAGCAACUGGUGGGGCUUGGGGUGGGACACAAGUUGAUAAACAGUUUGAAAGUUUGCUCGUUAAGGUGUUUGGUGGUGAAUUUAUUGAAGAUUUUAAAUCAAAACAUCCUUCUGACUGGUUAGAAAUUAAUAUUGACUUGGAGGGGAAGAAAAGAUCUGAUAGACCAUUGCAAAAGGAAAAUAAUACAACUAGGAUUCGUCUCCCAAGUAAUUUUAUAUAUUUCUAUUGCACUCAUCAUAGACAAAAAACUAAGAGCAUACAAGAUUUAAUCAAGGAACAAUACACUAAAUCAGAUGUUAAAAUUAAUAGAGACUUCCUUUGUAUUGGGGCCGAAGUAAUGAAAAACAUGUUUAAAGAGGCAAUAUAUUCAAUCGUCAGUCAUAUAAGCAUGUUACUUGAGAUGCCUACUAUUAAGUGUGUACAAUAUAUAUUUUUGGUUGGUGGGUUUUCAGAAUCCCCCUUGUUACAGUUAGCGGUUAGAAAGAAAUUUGAAAAUCGAGCUCGUAUUCUUAUCCCCGAGAACGCGGGUUUGUCUGUUAUGAAAGGAGCUGUAAUGUUCGGGCUUAAGCCUGAUGUCAUUCGGCGUAGAAUUUGUAGGGAAACUCAUGGAUGUGGCACAUGUGCAAAAUUUAACCCUGCAAUACAUAACGAAAAAUACAUGUUCAAAACAUCCAAUGGUGAUAUAAUGUGCAACAACUUGUUCACCAAAUUAGUCACGGUAAACGAAGAAGUAAGAUUAGGUGAAAUACGAAAUUUCACUUUUUGCCCAGUGGAGACUUCACAAUCAAAAGUUGCUUUUGAAUUCUACACAACCAGUAAAUCAAAUGUAAUGUACGUUAAUGACCCGGGUGUGUACAAAGAGGGAACAAAAAUAGUAGUGGAUAGUCCAAAUAUUACGAAAGGUCUUGGUCGUGAUAUUGAAAUAAGAUUAGAGUUUGGGGGUACAGAGAUAAAAGUCGAGGCCAGAGACGUAGAAACAGGUGAUGUAAAACCUGCUACCCUUAAAUUAUCUACUACAAAUCGUAGUCCUUGA